UCUCAUAAAGCACAGCAGGAGAAAAUGUUUUCUUGACGAACGAUAAGAAGCUUUCCAUUUUAAAAACAAAUGGAGCGUGGAUAGAGCAAAGUGGCACGCAUGACCGGCGAGAUGUACCUCGAAAUGUUGGUGAUCUUAUCCUGGGUAGGGGACGCCCUGACCGGUUCCUGCUUUCCAGCGCUCGACUGGUGCACACGUUGUGAUGACAUAACGUUGAACUGUAUCGACGUCAACCUGGCGUGUUUGACUGUUAACCAUACUUUUCGUUUUGCUGCAAUAAGUAAUUUUACAAAAGCUGUCCACUUCCAAAAUGGAGCGACACUGGGAAUCCUUGGCGUGGAAACGCAAACACAGUUCGACCAUUUCUGUGGAAGAAAUAACAUGCAUAUACAUUCUGUACACUACCUGGAUCAGCUGUGUUUUCAGGAAAGAGAGAUCACUAAAGGCGUGUCAGAAACAAGUACAUCAGAUGAGGAUGGAGCAGAUACCGAAGAUGUCAGUGACUUUAUAGGUUACAUAGUGUGGGGAGGCGUGGCCUGUGGAGUGCUUGUAGUCUUCCUGGUGGCAGUGCUGGCUCUGAUGCUACGCCGUAAACAACAAUCACACAGAGAUACAAAUAAUUCAACACGCUGAAUUUGUAUUAAAACUGAGGAAACUCAUUCAAAUCUCCAUGAAUUUUGACAAGAAAUUACACCACUUCAACUUUUUGUAACAUCCAAUCUCUGAAGAUAUUUGCCUCUUGUUCAAUUGCAAUAUAUGGGCCUUGCCUUGUGAGCAAAUAUCACUGUCAUAAGCAAAUAUCACUGUAUAAGCAAAUAUCACUGUCAUAAAAGUGCAUUAAUAAAAGUUACAGAAUGCAUAGAAUUAAUUUGGAAAGAAUUGAAAUAUAGGUUAACCUCCAUACCUUAGCAAAGAUGACAAUAAGUAUUAAUCGAUAAAAGUGCCCGAGUUUGCUGCAACCACACACAUGUGUAGUAUACAGUAUUACGUAUCAUUGUUGUAAUUAUUGUUUGCUAAAAAAAAUAUUUCACUCUGAGAAAUUCUGUCGGAAUAUGUGUAAUUAUGAAUAUUUUAUUCAAUGUGUUUAACUUAUGAAUAGCAUAAUAAGUAUAAUUACAAAUAAACGUGGUUACCUUU